GCCGUGAACAAGACCAAGACCUGGAUGCGUGAUAUUGCCAUACGUUCCCCAUACCCACCGCCGCUUGACGUAACAUCUGCCCACCGCAUACUGUCCCGCCUUGGCAACUUGCUUUACGCUGAGCGUCGUACAAUGAAGAAGCCGCGGCUGCGACGCUGCCUUGGGCAAGCUCGAGGUGCAACACCAGCUCACGAGGCACCGUGUCCCUGCAGCAGCUCCACCGCCGUCACCACCCUCUAUAUUUUUCGUACGGCUCGUGGCUGCUUAUAUUUCCGUGCUCCAUGCCUUUUUUCCUCGGUGACCCCUCCGUGUCCUCCUCUUUCCUCUCAUCCCCUUGCGGCCUGACCACCUCACCACUCUUGCGUCAAGCAGGAGAGAGAGAGAGCCGCAUCCACAGGCAAGAUGUUGUCCCUCGCCUCCGUCCUCACGUCGGCCCUCGCCCUAGGCGGGGCCGCCUCGGCCUUCGAGUGGAACACGUUCGACGGCCCCGGUUACCCGUCGUGCCACAACGUCUCCGAGGUGCACAACGCCACCAGCGUCGAGAACAUGGCGGCUCUAGUCAAGCAGGCCGUCUCGGCCGGUAAGCGCGUGCGCGCCGCCGGCAAGGGUCAUAUGUGGUAUGACACGCAGUGCAGCGACGAGGACACCGUCAUCAUCCGCACCGAGGAGGUCUCGCGCAUCUACGACCUCGACCUCGAAGGCGGCUCCGUCAUGAUCGAGGGCGGCGUCACCUUCUUCCAGCUCGCUGAGUUCCUCCACAACCGGGGCGCGUCUGUGAACUACGCCCUCGUGAACUGGAACAUCUCCCUCGGCGGUAGCAUUGCUAUGGGUGCCCACAGGUCCUCCAUCAGGGAGGACGCCAUGGUUGGUGCCGCGGCCAUCGAACUGCACAUCAUCGACGGCAAUGGAAAGAUCCGCGUCGUCAAGCGUGAGCAGCAGGACGACGAGUGGUUUGCUGCUUCGACCUCCCUGGGCCUGCUCGGCAUCAUUGCGAGGAUCAAGAUGCGUGUCUACCCCGACAGCAAGCUUUAUGCCAUGCAAAAGACCCUGAGCGAGGAUGAGGUUUUGAACGGCGACAUCUACGGACUCAUCGCCCCCUACGCAACUGCUAACCUCUGGUGGUGGCCGUACAAGCGCAAGUUCCAUCAGCGCUACUACGACGUCGUACCGAUCAACUCGACCGAGCAGCAGGGUUUCCAAAAUACCUUUUCUAUCACGGAUAUCGAGGCCGUCGCCGCCAAGACCAUCCUGGAGAGCGGCAAGAUCUUUCCCACUUCCAACAUGCUGGCCGAGGAGAUCUUCUUUGGCCAGUGGGAGAAGCCCAACUUCCGCGAGAAGACUACCAACAAGGCCAUCACCCAGUGGCCUGUGUACGGAUGGAACUACGACGUCCUGAUCGGCGGCCUCUACGAGGGUCAGAAGCCGCAGUGGGAGCACGGCAUACGCGGCCUGACCCUGGAGCUGGCCGCGCCCAUGACCAUGGCCAACCAGUUCCUGAAGCGCGCGCGCGAGCUCUUCGACGCCGAGCUCAAGAAGGGCAUCGUCAUGACGUCAACGUAUCGCAGCGGCAUCAACAUCAAGUUCGGUAAGCCCUACUUCGACCUCCUGGGCCAGGGCACCUACAACACCUCGGACGGCGCCGACUGGUCCAAGGGCGUCAUCAUGUUAGACUUCCCCUCGUUCCAGCCCAGCUGGGGCGACAAGAAGCGCUUCAACGAGCCCUUCUACGACAAGUUGGCCAGGACCCUGAUCGAGGAGUUCCCCGUCCGGCCCCACUGGACCAAGAACACGCGCGACGUUCUGAGGCAGUCGGUCAAGCACCUUGACCCCGACCACCUCCGUCGCUUCAAGGCCAUUAGGGAAAAGUUUGACCCCAACGGCGUUUACCGCAGCGUCGUGGGUGAGAUUAUCGGAGUCUACUAGGUAAUAAACAAGGACCAGGUCAAGACAAACAGGCCACACGUGUACAAUUAUCUUUUUUGUCUCUUAGGUAGUCUGGCCAUAUGAUAAACUCUCGCCAAUCGGUGAUCUACGCCAAGCAAUC